CCUGGGAAUAAAUAGUUGGACUGCAGGUGGGCUAGAUGAAUAAUCUUGUGGGAGAAGAAUUGGCGGGUCCGAUGCUUUGAUGCCAGAGCCUUGGAGUGUGCGGCCAAUUGGGGUGGCUACCCUUACAGGGCGUGGUUGCGGCGUAUGGUGGAUGGUAGCGCUGGUGCUGUUCGCAGCCGGUAUGUCGCGUGUCGCAAAUUUCCAGAUCCGGCCUAGGCGAAUGUGGUUCUUAUUGAACGAUGAUUUUUGAUACAUUUAUCGCUCUUGUCCAGGCCAGUUUCACUUGGUAGUAUUCUUGGAUUGCAUGUAAUAAGCGAGACUGGU